AUGUCUGGCGUCAAGUUAUGGCUCUACGGUGCCCCCGCCAGCGUGGUGGACAUCGAGGAAUUGGAGAACCCGAAGGUCGUCGGCAAAGGUGGCUUCGGCACCGUGUUCCGGGCGCGACAUAGGGCGUGGGGCCACGAUGUGGCGGUCAAGAUCGUGAACUCGGAGGCGAUAUCCAGGGAGGUGAAGGCCAUGGCAAGUCUGCGUAGCCAAUACGUGCUGCACCUAAUGGGAGUCGCCGAGAACCUGGAGUGGGACGGCAUGCCCAGGCCGGCUUUGGUGACUCACUUCAUGGAGAACGGGUCCCUGGCGGGGAUGCUGCAGCCCCAGUGUCCUCAGGCCUGGCCCCUCCGCUGCCGCCUGCUGCAGGAAGUGGUGCUCGGGAUGUGUUACCUGCACAGCCAGAACCCCGUGCUCCUGCACCGGGACCUCAAGCCGUCCAACGUUCUGCUGGACUCAGAUCUGCACGCCAAGCUGGCAGAUUUUGGCCUGUCCACAUUUCAGGGAGGCUCACAGUCAGGGGCAGGGUCCAGGGAACCAGGAGGCACUCUGGCCUACUUGGCCCCAGAACUGUUUAGUAACGUAAACCAGAAGGCCUCCAAAGCCAGCGAUGUCUACAGCUUCGGAAUCCUAAUGUGGACAGUACUAGCAGGAAGAGAAGCUGAAGUGGAGAAGGCCCAGACAUCACUGGUGCGUACCGCCGUAUGUGAGAGGGAGAUCCGGCCACCAACGCCUGACCUGAUCCGAUCCGCGCCUGAGACUCCUGGCUUGAAAGAACUGUCAGAGUUAAUGAAGUGCUGCUGGCUCCAUGAGCCUAAGAAGAGGCCCUCCUUCAAGGAAUGCCAAACAAAAACCUGUGAAGCCUUCUCUCUGGUGGAGGACAAGAUAGAUGCCGCUGUCUCCAUGGUAAAGAAGUUUCUCUCUGAGCACAGGAGCAGCAACAGGAGAUUGUCUACCCCAGAGUCAAGCCAAAGAGGAACAGAAGUGGAUGGUUUUUGGGGAAUAACAAGAAGCCGGUGCUCUUUCAAUGAUCCCAUGCUUCAUGAGCAGCUAAAAAACCUGACUCUGAAGGAGUCCCCCAGCUCUGUCCCUGAAAAAUGCCCAAGUCGGAGCAGGGCACAGGAGGAGCAGGUUCAGCAUGCCAGGACAGCAGGGAUAGCUUCAGAUUCAGUGGCCCAACCUCCCCAAACUCCAGAGACCUCAACUUUCAGAAACCAGAUGCCCAGCUCCACUUUGACCGGGACGCCAGGUUAUGGACCCCAAGGGAAUCCGGAGGCUGAGGGACAUGGCACGAACUGGUCCUCCUGGGGCCCAGAACCAAAUCCAAACGCAGGGCCACCAUCUCUUACCAUAUGGAACUGCUAUGGAGUGCAGAUUGGAAGCAACAACUACUUGACUGGCUUUCCCAUGCAGGGUCCGGCACCCUCAGGCAUGGGUAGAGGCUGGCAGCAUCCCCACCAGUAGAUUCAAAAGAAGGCUGCAAAGAACCUGAAGCCUGGAGUGGGCCACAGGGCCAGUAUAAUUAUAGUGGGAAUUAAGUCAUUUCUAAGCUGCCUCCAGGGGUUGAGGAAGAGCACCAGCCCUUGUGACCCCUGACUUCCUUCGAGGGCAGUCCAGCCUGUGCCCAGACUGACUUUGUGAUCUGCCCCCCAGGAGUCAAUAAAUGUGAUGGAAUGCAA